AUGAGCCAGUCACCGGAUUCGAACCAGGAAAAUGCCAGCCCAGAUAAGCACCACCUGGCUGUGUCGAACCACCCGCGAAAGUGCCCGUUUAGUAUUGAAAGUAUUCUCGAAGCACCGAAAGUUCCCCGAGGCCGCCGACCAAAUUGGAAAUAUCCACGUGUUCAGGCAAGCAAAUCCGUAAAUCCUUUUGCUUUGGGCAUGGUGCCUCUUUACCCCGUCACCCAGCCAGUAGGAUUCGUCGUUGAACAAAUGGCGCAUGGCAUUGGAAGCGAGAAUGAAGAUGCACCAGAACUGGAUGUCGAUGACGGCAACAGCGGUAACCAUAGCGGUGAUUUAAUGAUUGACAUUGUUAAUGAUGAUGCUGUAGCCGCGGCGGCAGCCGCCGCAGCCGCAGCGGCUGCAGCAGCGGUCACGACAGCCCCAGGUACCAUGUCUUCAUCGACGCUGACAGGAGAAACAAUCAACAAACAUGCGACGACAGCAAGCGGCGGCACCACCAGCGUCAAGGUCAGCUCAACACCGUCGGGACUAAAAUCGUCGCUGGCAACGGUCGUUCGAUCAGUUCCGUCGCCGGCGACUAAUUUUGGUGAAUCAUUUCUUCUCGCCCCACACCCUGCCUCUCUCUCUCUCUCUCUCUCUCUCUCUCUCUCUCCUUCCUCUUUCUCUCUCUCUCUCUCUAACUCAUCCUCUCCCCUACCUCGCUUGCCCUCACUCCUGACUCUCUCUCUCUCCUUCUCUCUCUCUCUCCUUCUCUCUCUCUCUCUCUCUCCUUCUCUCUCUCUCUCUCUCUCCGGACAUUACUUGGACACUUAA